AUGACUUCGGAUGAUGAAGUAGCGUACGAAUCACCUGGAGAUCAUAACAUGCUCUCAUCUGAUAUCGGAGAUUUAGCUGGAACCUCAAAUUCGAAAUUUGAGCAUUUUCUUUGGCUAGUUAUUUUGAUUUUGUUUAUAUAUGCAAUUCCCCUGAUCUUUCCAAAGAAGAAUCUCAAGCAAUCUCACUCAAGAAGAAUAGAUUCUUUCACUCGAAAUUCAAUUUCUCAGUUAUCUACCGAAAUUUCCAACCUUCAAUCAUACAACACAGACUUAAGACUCUAUAUUAGAAUCAAUAAUAUCACUGAGACAAACAAACCAAUCAUUACCGGACCAAUUCAAAUAAUUCAGUAUAAAGAUGGUCGAAUUAUAAGAAAAAUUGAUUCAGGAUAUCUUCCGAUUUACAAUUACAAUUCGUCUACAAGCAAAUACAGAUGUUAUCUUAAAGAUACGGCCUUUAAUUACGAUUCGAUCAGGUACAGUGCUAAUAUUGUGAGAUAUACCAAUGUUAAUACGGUAAUAAAUGUGAAAUGGGAGUUCUCUUCAUCAGAAUAUCUGCAUUUUCAGCUCUUUUUCAACAUAAUAUUUUCGACCAUUCAUUUACUCUUUGUUAUAUUCAAGUUUACUGUUGAUUUUAAGACAAAAAUUCGUACAUUUGAACAGAAUUUUGCUGGUUUGUUCUCUUUUGCCCUUUUAAUCGACAAUUUAUGCGAAAUCUUCUUUGGUUUCCUAUUUCCAGAUUUUUCUUUCAUCCAAGAGUUUAGUGAAGCCAUAAUUAUAUGUAUAUCUGCUUUUUAUUGUAUUCUUUUGAUAUAUUUCAAUACAAUAAAUCCAAAACCAAGAAUUGGCUUUUUAACGAUAAGCCUGGCCAUUUUACUUUUAGUGUUCUUCAUUGCAGCGUUCGAUAUUCUUUACGUUCGCCUUGAAAAUACUCAUUAUUUUCUUUGGCCAAUAGAAGGAGCAAAUUCACCAUUGUUGAAGAGAGUUCUGAACUCUAUUUGUGCUACAUAUGGUGUCCUCUUGCUUUUAGUUGUAAUUAAUGCUGUUUAUCACUACAAAGAAAUUUUGAAUUUUAAUAUUUUUAGAAUUUCGCUGAUCAAUGUUCCAUUUUUCAUCGUGUUUUGGAUACAUGAGAUAUUUGUUGAAAUUCUUGAAUCUUUUAAGAAUUUUUCUCAUUUCAGAUAUUAUUCCCUUGUAAGUAUCAAUUUGGUCAUAAUAUACAAUUUUGCAGCACUUCAUGCUCCAGAUAAUCAUGUAGAACAGAAUCCAAACUUCUAUGCUCUUGCUGCCAGUAUAUUUGAUAAGAAAGAUACUAUUUCUUUAUAUGUCUGA